UCCUGUAACGCUAUCUCCCCAGCAAACACCAAUCCAGCUAGUGGUUUAGCAUCAGGCUGGCUAAGAAAGCUAGCCUCCUGAAACAGAAAGUGACCAUUCACAGUCUUUGUUUUAUGUGUUUUUUUGCUUAAUUUACCUGAAGUUAUCAGCCGUAUAAGGAACUAAAUCGACGGCCCGGUCGAAGAUGCAGUUCAUGCUGCUGUUCAGCCGGCAGGGAAAGCUGCGGUUGCAGAAAUGGUAUGUGCCUCUGUCUGACAAAGAGAGGAAGAAGAUCUCCAGAGACUUGGUCCAGACGAUACUGGCCAGGAAGCCCAAGAUGUGCAGCUUCUUGGAGUGGAGGGACCUCAAGAUCGUGUACAAAAGAUAUGCGAGCCUGUAUUUCUGCUGUGCAGUCGAGGAUCAGGAUAAUGAGCUGAUCACCCUGGAGAUCAUCCACAGAUAUGUGGAGCUGCUGGACAAAUAUUUUGGCAGUGUGUGUGAACUGGACAUUAUCUUCAACUUUGAGAAGGCCUAUUUUAUCCUGGACGAGUUUCUGCUCGGCGGAGAGGCCCAGGAGACGUCCAAGAAGAACGUGCUGAAAGCCAUCGAGCAAGCUGACCUGCUGCAGGAGGAGGCUGAGGCACCACGGAGCGUCUUAGAAGAAAUUGGGCUCACAUAAACCAUCUUUCUGCUGCUGCUGCUGCUGCUCUGCAGUUCUUUCCUCCAGAUUCACAUCUGGAAAUGUCCAUGUCUCUAUCCUGUCUUCACCCGAUUGUGUCAGUGUUGUAUGUAUAAAAUCACCUCCCUUGUACUGUGUUUCUUUACUGUACUAUCCCGUUAUGUGCUUUGAAUGUGGUGCCAACUGUGGUUUGAUGUGUUCCCCAUGUACAAGCUCCCUCACUGUAGUAUCCUGUACUAUUGGCAGACAUGACUCCCUUCAUUUAAAAAAUCCUACAGAGAAAAAUGUAGCAAAGACAUGAAAACUCUAGCCUCAUUUCAAGAUCAUCCGUCGUCACAGAUAGCAGAGCCGUGUGUGCUGUUUGGUAGACAGGACUUUCUGAGGUGCUGCUUCAGCUGCAGUUGGUGCCUCUGGUGGAUUUCCGUCAUGUCAAAGUCACAGUAGAGCAUUGAUUUGAUCAAUAACUGAUCAGCAGAUUCACCCCAAAGGCCAUGUUCACAAUACUUACAGCUUUUCACAAAGGCUUAGCAAAGUGUUGUUAUACGUUCAUCAAGAUAAAAAAAAAAAAGUUGUGUUAAUAUAACUGGGUUACCCUUCAUUGUAACCAUGGUAGGUGGAAAAGACAAAUGCAGUACAAUAUUGCAAAACCAUCAAAGUAGCAAUCAAGUAGCCGUACCAUUUUCAGCUGAAAGAAAGAGGCACAAGUUGUGAAACAGACUCAAAAGUCUUGAUCAUGCAGUCUUUUAGAAACACAUUUGAAACAGUGUUUCUAAAUGAUAUACAUUCAUAGGAAAAAAAAAACAAGAUUGGGUGUUUUUCAGAUGUUUAGAUGUUCAGUCUGUAUGAGCCGUAACACACUAGAGUCAUCGACUGGGGCUAAAGCUGUUGAAGGAAUCACAGACACUGUUACAGUCACUUACACACAUGUAGAAUGAACCCACCAAUCAACUGACAUUAAACGAUUGCCCAUAAUCCAUAUCAGUGAGAGCGUUGUGCAUCUUUGUUGAAGUUUCUGUUUGGCGAUUUCAUCCUCAGACCUUUUUCAUAUUCACCUUUUUCAAGACUAGUUGAGCUGUUUUAGUGUUAUUAGUGUUUCGUUUGGUAAAACUGUCAGUGUCAUCCGAACUCUGUUGACUGAUUUUGUUUACACAGAAAUUGUAAUGAAUAAAUCUAAGGUUAGAUCUCAGUCUGAAGAGACUAUAUUAGGUAUUAUAAUACUUUUGGCUCAAAUCUUGAAGACUAACAUGACCAAAGAACACUGUGUUUUACCUUCUUUAUGGAAGGCGAACAUGGCAGCAAAGGGAUUAAGAACUGCACGAUGUCUGAACAAAUGUAUGUGGGGUUAUUUGGCCACAAUAUACCAGUAUUGUAAUCAUUGCAGUCGUUCUUUUCUCUGAAAAAAACGGUCCGAGUUUCUUUAUGAAGUAGGAACUGAAGAGUAACUGCUCAUAUCAGGGUUUCCAUUAUUAGUAUUCAUCUCUGUUGACUUUUUCACUUUGCUGCAAUGAAGCUGGAAAACAAGGCAACCAGUACAUAUUCCUCAUCCCCCCGAUGGUGUGGCAGUCCUAUUUUUUAUCCUCAUUACUGAACCCACAAAGUGUUUUGGUUGGACAUCAUGUUUCAACAAGUUUAUUUUUGAUUUGUGAAAAAGAGGAAAUCACUUUUUGUAUUCAACACUGCCAACACAUUAUGCCAACUUUGUUUCUUAUAUUUGAAAAUUAUGAACAAUAAAUGUAUUCAAAAAGAAAA